AUCAAAUGUUUUCUCUUUCGUGUUGUUAUUAAUUUGGCCGUUGAAUUAAGGCAUUCCGUCACGUAAGCCUAACUUAAAUCAAGGUGAAUUCAUAACAGCAACUUGUAGACUUUCACCUGUCACAUCACAUCAUCCACAGAAGAUUCUUAGUUACUAAAGUUGAACACUCACCUUGGUGCUGAAAAAAAUAACAUGAUUGCUAACGCAACAACAGAAAAACGCUUGUCACGGUGGUACUUUGGCGGUCUAGCUUCCAGUGGAGCAGCAAUUGUUACUCAUCCUCUUGAUUUAAUCAAAGUACAUUUGCAGACACAACAAGAUGGAAAGGUUAAGGCUGUAAGACUAGCUAUAAGUAUAGUGAAACAACAAGGAAUCACUGCUCUUUACUCAGGCCUCACAGCCUCUCUUCUCAGACAACUAACUUACUCAACUGCAAGAUUUGGGAUCUAUGAAGCGUCAAAACAAUAUGUUGGUGGUGCCAAAGCCGAUAACAUUCCCUUUUAUCAGAAAGCACUUAUUGCUGGAAUGUCUGGAGCUGUAGGUGGAUUUGUUGGUACACCUGGAGACAUGAUUAACGUUCGAAUGCAAAACGACAUUAAGGUUCCAGAAGCCCAAAGAAGAAACUACAAGCACGCUAUCGAUGGGGUUUUCCGAGUGUUCCGAGAGGAAGGAUUUAGGCGCCUUUUCUCGGGUGCAUCGACAGCUACUGGACGAGCGGUUUUAAUGACCAUCGGACAGCUAUCCUUCUAUGACCAAAUCAAAAUUAUGUUACUCAAAUCCGGUUACUUUGACGACAACCUCAUCACGCACUUUUCUGCCUCUCUCGCAGCCGGGGCUAUAGCAACUACCAUGACACAACCUCUAGACGUCUUGAAAACAAGAGCGAUGAACGCCAAACCUGGAGAAUUCAAAAAUAUGAUGCAUCUGGUCACGUACACGGCUAAACUAGGACCGCUGGGAUUUUACAAAGGUUACGUCCCGGCUUUCAUCCGCCUGGCACCACAAACGAUUUUGACCUUCGUCUUCCUUGAGCAGCUUCGUAAACACUUUGGAUACAUACAGACCAAAUGAGAUGUUUGAUGUAAUGAUUCGCUUCGCUUAUUCGCUUGUUAUUUGUUUACGAAUGACGGACGGGCGGACGACGAACAUAUCAAGGAUUCUGCCCACCAAGGGAGUUUAACUGUUGGUUGCACUUGCACCUGUGAUAGUCAUAGAUGUUUAUUAGUAAGAUUGUUGUCAGAGUCAUAAGUAGAGAUAAGAAAAGAAGUAUAAUUUUACAUGAAAUAAAAAGGUGAAAGAUUAUAGGGUAAAUUACGAGUCUUUAAAAAGUGGCUUAACUUGGAAAUUAUACUUAUUUUUGUUGCUGCUGUUUGAAUGUGCCCAGUUGAUUGUCUAUAUUGCAUUUAUUCACCCAUGCGAUAUCAAUUCCUGAUUGAUCAAACAUGAUGUAACGUUUGUAUUACGA